AUGAGUCGAGGAAAAAUUCUCCUCCAACUUGCUGCUGAAGCAAGAAAGGUAAAUGUUGAAGAAGAAGGUCCGCCAAGAAAGCCUUGUGAAGAAAUAAAUCAAAACCUUAAACAAAAUCAUCAAGUGCCUUCAACAGAGAUGCCUGCAACGGAGGUGCCAUCAACAGAGGUGCCAUCAACAGAGGUACCAUCAACAGAGGUGCCAUCAACAGAGAUACCUUCUUCGAAAUUAUCAACUUCUUCCACAAGUGGCAGCAAAGACAACUCAGCAACUGGUCAGCCAUCAAAGUCUUGUAAAGAAACAAAUCAAAACUUUAUCCAACAUAAUCAAGUGCCUUUAACAGAUGUGCCUUCAACAGAGGUUUCUUCAACAGAGGUGCCACCAGCAGAGAUGCCUUCUGCGAAAUUAUCAACCUCUUCCACAAGUAGCAGCGAAGACAACUCAACAUCUGACUUUUAUAGUGAUGACAGUAUUGCUGACCCUACUUUUAAGAUUCAAGAAGAGAACUCCAACAAAACUAAUGAGAAGAAAUAG